AUUUGUUUUUCCGCUCUCAUAUUAAUUACUCUCUCUCUCUCCCACCUUCCACCAUUACAUUUACACCCCCAAAAUAAAACUCUCGACACAUUUUCAUUUCUGUUACUAGUAUAUGAUCUCAUAACCUAAGUGAUAAAUCUCAAGGAUUACGUAUAUAUAUAGAUACACACAUAUAUAUAUAUAUAUAUAUACGUUUCUGUAUACUAGUAUAGAUUGGAGAUGGCGGGCGGAUAUAGGGCAGACGACGACUACGAUUACCUCUUCAAGCUGGUCCUGAUCGGCGACUCCGGCGUCGGCAAAUCGAAUUUGCUGUCCAGAUUUGCUCGGAACGAGUUCAGCUUGGAGUCAAAGUCUACUAUUGGCGUCGAAUUCGCCACCCGCAGCAUUCGCGUCGAUGAUAAGGUCGUCAAGGCUCAGAUUUGGGAUACCGCCGGCCAGGAACGAUACCGCGCGAUCACAAGUGCAUACUACCGAGGUGCCGUAGGAGCACUUCUCGUGUACGACGUGACUCGCCACGUCACAUUCGAGAACGUGGAGAGGUGGUUGAAGGAGCUGCGGGACCACACGGACCAGAACAUAGUGAUAAUGCUGGUCGGCAACAAGGCGGAUCUCCGCCACCUACGAGCAGUCUCCACAGAGGACGGGCAAGCCUUUGCAGAGAGAGAGAAGACAUAUUUCAUGGAGACAUCUGCACUCGAGUCCUUAAACGUUGAAAAUGCCUUCACGGAAGUGCUUACACAAAUACACCAGGUUGUUAGCCGUAAAGCACUUGACAUUGGAGAUGAUCCUGCAUCACUGCCCAAAGGACAGACCAUAAAUGUUGGGGCAAAGGACGAUGUCUCGGCGGUGAAGAGAGGGGGCUGCUGCACUGUAUGAAGAGAAGAAACAAAGGAGGUGGUUCGUUUUGUGGGGUGGCUCUUUAUUGUCAGUUUUGGGAGGUGGGAAUUUGCUCUGCUUGCGAACUUUUAUUCGAAUGGAAUCGUGGGUUAAUUCGGAUUUUACCGGGGGGGUUUUUUUCCUCUGUAUUUGUGUUGUAAUGGUCCAUUAUGAAUUACACUGUACUAUGUUUUUCAAUUUUCACUUGACUUUGAGAUUCUGGGAUUUGUAUUAUGUUUUGAAUUUUUUA